UUCCUCGACCCGUUCAGCCGAUAGUUCACCUGCUACAGUCUCCUCAGCCGGUACUUCUGGCGUAUUUCAUCCUGAAUACUAGCGAGUAGAGGGGUCGCAGGUCGACGUUUGGGAGUAGAAGCCACUUUGGCUUUCUGAAUUGUGUAGGUCAGCUCGACGAACUUGUCGAUUGCCUCCUCGUAAUUUAACACGCUAUUCACCGGGCGUCUGCUUUAAAGCAAGCCUGGAAUGCAACCCAGUUCAUUCGUGUGAAAUUGGGAUGGUCAGAGAGGUUUUGAAAGGAUGAUCGGUAUGUGGUGUUGAUCAGGAUAAGCAGAUGAUCUGCGCUGAGAGCAGAACAGACCAAGAGAUGCUCCGGUAGGACGAAGUCCUUGACAAAAUGAAGCUUUGUGUGUGUAACGAGCUGUGACUUGUGAGUGCGGCCUGUAUGAUACUGUGCUUGAAGCACAGAUGGUGUGGAGGUAUAUAGUUUAGCGCUACAAGUCUCUUGUUUUCUAAUUAGCAGCACACCACUGUGUGAAGAAUGACGACUUUUAAAGCACAUUGGAAGGAUUUCAGACAUGUGUAAAUACAUGCAAGGGAGGCUAACAUAAAAGUUUCGGCGCUGUGUGUUGUACCAAUUAGCUCUUACCAGACAACAUGUUUGGCAGGGUUGCCAGUCGUUGCAAAACUAUCGCAAGCACACGAGAUCAUCUAUGACAUAGACACAGAUAAUACCGGCGCAAUUAUGGUGUAGAUAUAAUACCCAUUUGACGAUUAACGAUGGUGUUAUAUUUUGCCUGUAUAAGUAGUGUGUGUUAAUUCGUACGAUACAGUUUAAGUUACGAAUAUUGUUUAAAAGUGAUGUUACAUAUGUGUGCUUUACUGUAGUGACGAAAUUUGUCAGAAUUGUGAUUUUGUUAGAUUUAUAGGCUUUCAGUGGUACUAUUUUGGACGGUUUUUUAAUUUUAAUUGCAGAAAAUCGAUUGCAUGUGAUAAUUCACUUAUUCGCAGUUGCUCAGUUGUAUGUAGUGAAAUUACAAGAUAAUUUUAUAAAAAUGGAUCCUAAUUACACUAAUGAAACUGAAGAUGAACAAUAUUUCCCAGUGGAAGUUGAACUGGAAGAGAUAGAAAAAGAUGGAGAUGGUCUUUUAAUAGAUCUCGUGAAACGUUACCCACAUUUGUAUAACAGAACAUGUAAAGACUACAAAGAUGUACUUGUGAAGGAAAAUACAUGGCAGGAAAUAUCAGUCAUGAUGAGUAUGCCUGCUGCUGAAUGUCAAAACAGAUGGUUGCGACUUAGAGAAAGGUUCACGAAGGAAAAGCGUUUGGAAGAGAAGGAGAAAAGAAAUGAAAGUACAAGUGAGAUUCCGAAGAGGAGACCUUGGCAUUUAUUUCCGAGCAUGACUUUUCUUAGCACACACAUUAGGAAGAGGAGAUCUUUCAGACCCAUAAGACCUUUAAUCCAGUCAGUUCACUCAUUAACGGCUGCAGAAGUGACCAAUUCUCCUGAAGAGGUUUCAUGUAAGAUUGAAUUGUUACCAGAAAUGUUACAACAUGUCAAAACAGAAGUAUCACCACCUGUGGGAUCAUCAAUAUCAACAACUGCUGUGGCAACAGCAUCGUCAUCUCCUGUUUUAACAACAGGGUCAUCACCCGUGGCAACAGUUGAAGCAAGCUCAACAACUUCCACUUUGUCACUGCCAAAACUGUUGAACUCUGAGAAAACAACAAAUUGCCAGGCUUGUGAAGACAGACACAAGAGAAAAGUCGGGGAUGAUUUGGAGCAGUCAUGUUUGUCGCUGUCAUCAGUAAUAGCAAAACUUGUAGAACGUUCACCAGCAAGAAAGUCCUUAGAUGAGGAUGACCUUUUUGGUGAACUAGUAACAGCAGAACUUAAGAAAAUGAAAUCUGGCGAGAAAGAAAGUGUAAAAAUGGAGCUUUCAAAAGUACUGUACUGCAGAAGAACUAACCUACAAUAAUAAAUAAUGUAAGGUUCAUGUUAGUGUUAACCCUUUUCUGCUUCUACAGAAGCACGCCAAUUUCAGUGCUGCGAGUGCUAAAAAUUGUUGCUGUAGAAGUGUCUGACACAAGCUUCCAUAUCACAUGAAUCUGGCGUGUAUGGGAGAGUUUUAGUACCUGUUGGUGGUUUAGUAAUGCUUCUUUGUCUUAUUGGAAAGACAUUCGUGUUUGGUAAAUGUGAGCAUGAUAGUGUAUACAGUGGUUAGUGUAGUGAAACAGACAUCUGCAUGCCUCCAUAGUCAGAUUUACAAUCAUAAGAUAAGAUAGAAACAAAGAUGCACACAUAAAAAUAUACAGUAAUAAAAACCUAGAAAAACCCUUGGCAUUACGAAAGUUUGUAGAAAUUUGGCACCAAAGGGUUAGAUUUUAUUGCAUGCAUCAACAUCAGAUGGUUUCGAUUGAUUAUUAGGUUAUUUUACAACUUUAUCUCAGACUAUAUAUAGUCUCAAAUGCAGUGGGAGGAUGAUCAUAAAUAGUAGAUAGGCAAGGAUUUGAAGGGAGACAGUCAUGGCCUUUUUGAAGGUACUGUCCUAUCAUUUGUCUGGAGAGGCAUAAGGGAAUCGUGAGAACCCCAACCAAGAUUUGAACUGGGUAUCCCCAGAAUGCAUGUGAAGAGUUGUUACACCAAGCUACUCAGUUAUAAAAUAUAGUUUUAUUCUGUCAUCACUGGCUCUCUUUUAAAAAAAUGAAUUCACUUUCUGAAACAUGUAUAUUAGGACAAAAAAAAGGGGUUCUCCAUUUUACUCGCUCAAAUUAAAACAGAAUAAUGCUGGGAUGAGGUCCAUAGAGCACAGUUAAAAGUCACCCAGCUAUUCAUGAAUCCAAAUGUUCAUUACCAUGUUCACAACAGCUCUCCAAUGGCCCAUACCCUGAGCCAGAUAAAUCCAAUCAUCUUGUCCUAUUUUUAAAACCCCAUUUCAAUAGUGCCCUUCCAUCUAAAUCUAGUUCUUCAGGUUUUCUUGUGAAAGUCCUUCGUGCAGCUCUUUUUCUGACUAUUCAUGCCACAUGUCUUGAAGUCAGUAAGUAGUUGAUGCACUGUCUCAGAGUAUUACUGUUUUGUUUUUUAUUUCAAGUAUCUGAUAAGUGCGAAUAUUUGGUUGGUAGUUGAUCUGUUAUAUCAGAAUUCGCACUGAUGAUCCCCAAUAACAUCAUUGACAUACGGAGUGAACUUUGACAGAAGAAUUUUAGACACAGUUUUGUAUUUAGUUGUUAAAAUUUAUAUUACUCAGUAAGUACUACAGUCAGUAUUACCACCCUUAUAAAAAGGUACAGUAACAGAUUCCUUCCACUGUUCUGAUAGUCUUCCUUAUCUACUCCUAAGAUAAUAGCCAAUGUCAGUCUAGCUUUUUUGUAUAAGUGCACCAUUUGUGCAGUGUGGAAAGAAUUUAAAUUACAUUUUGAAGGUGAUGACUCUGGUAGCAAGAUAUCCAAACGGGGCUGUGGUGGGAUCUAGCAUAGUCUGCACUUGGCAGGAGUCUGGGAUCAGUUUGUUUGUGUUGAUGUGUUUGGUAGGAAUCUGGUUUCAGUAGCUGUGAAGACAUUUCAUCAUUUCACCAUUUCACUUAGUGUAAAGAAAUUUCAUAAAUUUUGUAUUUCCAGCGUGAUUCGCAAAGACAAUGAUCAAAGUUCUGAUAUUACACCUAAUAAACACUGGGGCACUGCUUUCAAGUAGUCCACUAAUACUUCCACAUCCCUCCCAAUUUACUAUUAAUUGAAAAAACAUUUUAAUUAAACUAGGCGACAAUCAUACUCAUUGACUUAUCUUUACAGACUUUCACAUCAGGAUGCAACAAGAAUUUUUAUGUUUGUUUAUUGGGACAUAUUGCCUCUUAAAACUAGUUCUUGUUGGUUCCUGAUGUGAGGUCCCUUAUGGAUGUGGUAUAAGUUGAAAAAAUGUGUCUGAAUGUGCAGUAAAACCUCAGUACUUUGAAUUGUCUACAGUUCAUAUUUUAUUCUUUGGAUGUAUUUUAUUUAUGCAGAAUAAAGCCUUUUCCUAAAUGAGAAUUUAAUGAUACUGUACCAUAAUCAAUGAUUACACAGUGGGCUCUAUGUUUAAAAAUACAAGAUGGUCUAUUUCACACUAUUACUAUUGCUUACUUUGUGGAUUAAUGUAUGAUUCAUCACAAAUCAUAGUCCUUAUUAUCUGAAUUUCUUCGAGUCUCUUGAACUGCUUGUUUUUAUGAAUUAUGACUUGAAGAUAUUUACAUAUAAGUAUGUUUCAUAAUAGGAUGCUUCACAAAUUCAGAUUACCUUUCGCCUUAUUCAUCUGAAUUAGCGAGGUUUUACUGUAGCAGAAUUUGGAUGAAUGUUGAAACAAAAAUUAAGCACGCAGUAAUUUUUUAUGAGGGAUGUGUGUCACAUGCAGUAUUUGGUACGCCCAGUAAGGAUCAUAUCCCUGUAUUUUAGCAUCUGUGCUGGGCACUACAUGUGUAUUGUAUAUAACAAAAUUGACAUUAUUACUGAUCAUAAUUGAUUUUAAUUUCUUAUAAAACUUAUGACUGUAGCUUCUGUUUGUAAAUAAAGUAAUGUUACAUAUUUA